GCCCCACUACUCGCUGCCCCCGUCCCUCCGCGAUUUGAAAACUCGGGAUAGAUCGCGACGGUGCCUGCAAAAAAUACCUGUGGGUACUUAGAUGCCUGUGAGGUAUAGACAUGUACCGGUACCGCGGCUAUGACGCCGGGUCUAGCCCCCGACCUGGUCAGUGCGGCGGCUAGUGCUGCGCGGUGGAACCUAAAAGCAAGCUAGCCUCCAGAUGCCUCGCAGGGCAGGAGCUGCUGGUUCAGCGUCAGGAAGGCCCCUCCCUCGUGGCUCGCGCACAAAGACCAACCCGACCCAGCAGCUUACCGCUGUCUGUAAUCGUCAUCCAUCAUCAACCAACCUCAUCAUCCCCUCCCGUCUCCAUCGCUUGCGACGAAGACCUCCUCCGGGAUGGCUUCACCUCCUCCAAAGGACAAUCAUGGGACAGUCCCUCUCAGACGAGGCCAAGCCUCCCUCUAAGGAGGAAAUCACUGCAGACCUAGCUGAGAAGUUCGCGCGGAGGUGUUUCACGCCGCUGGAGCUGUACUCCCUCAAAGACAACUUCAAGUCCCUGGCCGACCACGAGCAGGAUGUCCGCUUCCUUAGAGAGGAGACGAUUGCUCGCUUCCUCGAGCUUCCCGAUAUCCUCGCCGCGUCUCCCGUCGUCUUCCACAUGCUGACCUUCGUCGGCGCCUUUCCCUUCCUCCGGGACGCCCCCGUCAUCCUUGGCUUCGAGCAGAUGAUCAUGGUCGUGGUCAUAAUGACGGAACGGUAUGCUAAGAUACUAGCUAAAGGCGCUAGCAGCCGGCGGAAAUUGCUGUUCAAGAGCCUGGCUGUAUACGACCGCAAGCUAUCCGAGAUCGGAGAGGAGCAUGGCGCCGCCGGUACGCCCGAGACGAACGCGGGCAGGCAUGCGCCUGGCUUUGCCGUGGACGAGGCCGGUGACGAAUUCGACGACGGGGCGGCGGAUGACGACGAGCUUGUUUUGGCCGCCCUGGACUCUCUCGAUAUCUACGAUGCUUUCAAGCUUUGUGAUUCGCACGCCGCUACCACUCGUGGCGCCAUGAUCCCCGCCGACAAUCUCAGGAAGUUGAUUAUGCUCCUUCUUUUGGUGUCGCCCCUGGACGCCCAAGAGAGCCUGUCCCGCUACGCGGACCGGGUUACGGGGUCGGAACUGGAAGACCUGAGAGCCACAGCUGAGAACAUCCUCUCAGCUUUUAUUGACGUAGAGAAGUCACCGGGCAUUUCCUACUCCCAAUUCGACCGUGUCCUCCCGUCCAACUUGCCUUUCCUUUUCGACGGCUUCAAUCCCUUGUUCGAGCACUUCCUCUUUUCCAAGAAUCUCGACCUUUCCAAACGCAAAGAUGGCGCAUCGAUAGCCGUUGCUCCCCCAACGGUUGCCCAGCCUUCCCCUCUUCUGCAACAGCCGGGCCAGAUUCUGAACGUCAAUGUCUUGUCUCAGCUCUCGUUCUUUAUUCGUGGAGACGAAUUAUUCCGACGGCUACGCCUGCUAUACGCGGGGUCGGAGGCAGGAUUCUCGAUGGGCAGCUUCGAGGCCAAGGUUUUUAACUGGCGUGCUCCGACCAUUCUUUUGGUGUCCGGGACUAGGCUUUCGAACUCCUCGGGGAGCGGUGGAUCGGAAGGGGCGUUUAGCGACUCGCUGCCACCAAAGAGGUUCCCGGAUGGAAGCGCUCCUGGCCGAGACCGCCUCGUGUUUGGCGCGAUCGUGAGACAGCCCUGGAGACAGACCUACAAGGAGUGCUUCGGCGGCGAGGAUAUGCUCCUGUUCCAACUCGGCCCAACGCAUGACGUCUUUCCAGCGUCGGCUCUCAACCGCAAUUACGCGGCUUUCGUUAAACCGCCGACAAUGAACCCGGGCAUCGCCUUUGGCUGCCCGCACCCGAGAGCAAACCAGUCCCGGCGCGAAUCGCUGCGGCACCUAGGGCCGGUGUCUCUCGUCAUAGACUCCAGCUUCGAGUUUGGCGUGUUCACCCACGACUUCGUCUCUCGCGGUGGUGCGUUCACUACCAGCCCUCACCGGAAGUACAACUUUCAGGAUCGCUUCCAGGUGGACGAGAUCGAAGUGUGGGGGUGCGGCGGCGAUGAGGAGGCUAGAAUGCAGCGGGAGAGGUGGGAGUGGGAAACGCGGGAAGCUGAGGCGAGACGGAGGAUUAAUUUGGGAACGGGAGACAUAGCUACGGACCGGGCGUUGCUUGAAAUGGCCGGCUUGAUCGGGGCUAAUAGGAGUGGAGGAUCGAUGAUGUCUUGACUCAUUAGCGGCUCGGCCUCCCGACUUGUGGGAUCUAGGCGUGCUUGCGAUGCCUUUCGGGUGUUCCAGACCGUCCUGUACGGGUAGGCCCUAUUGAUUAGACGUGUUGGACAACAGAAUU